AUGCAGACUGCUUCUACAAGCAUUUGUGAAAGACUGUGCAAUAAGUCCAUCUGUGAAAUUUCCUUGCUACUAAAUAUUCCACGGUCAACUGUUAGUGGUAUUAUAACAAAGUGGAAGCAGCUAGGUUACAACAGCAACUCAGCCACGAAGUGGUAGGCCACAUCAAAUGACAGAGCGGGGUCAGCUCAUGCUGAAAUGCACAGUAUGCAGAUUCGCCAACUGUCUGCAGAGUCAAUAGCUAAAGACCUCCAAACUUCGGGUGACCUUUCGAUUAGCACAACAGUGUGUAGAGAGCUUCUUGGAAUGGGUUUCCAUAGCUGAGCAGCUGCAUCCAAGUCUUACCAAGUGCAAUGCAAAGCGUUAGAUGCCACUGG